GGGAAGCAUCAAGGACUGUUUUGCCUCUUUCGGGUUAGCUGGUAGUGAGCGAGAGAACGAGGGAAGGCGGGCGGGGCCGCCGUAUCUCCACGCCCUUUUCAUUUCCACUCAAGGAGACCCACCUGGGAAGAGUGAGCGCUGCAAGACCCAACCUUACCACGCUAAGAUUACUACGCAGCGCCGCAGCCCGCUGUCUGCCCGGCAACCGAUGACGUCCUGUUGGCGCGUCCGUGACGUCAGAGGCGGGCGCCACACUUGAAGAGGCUGAGGGAGGCGGUGGCGCAGCUGUGUCGCUGUCAUGGAGCUAGCGCGGGAAGCGCGGGAACUGAGUUGCUGGGCGGCCGAAGAGAUGGGGGUGCCCGUGGCGGCCCGAGCCCGGGAAUCGACACUGCGCAGGCUGUGUCUGGGCCAGGGGGCUGACAUCUGGGCCUACAUCUUGCAACAUGUGCACAGUCAGAGGACUGUCAAGAAGAUCCGAGGAAACCUACUCUGGUAUGGCCACCAGGACAGUCCACAGGUCCGUCGGAAGUUAGAGCUGGAAGCUACUGUGACCCGCCUGCGGGCAGAAAUCCAGGAGCUCGACCAGAGCCUGGAACUGAUGGAGCGAGACACUGAGGCUCAGGACACAGCCAUGGAGCAGGCACUUCAGCACACUCAAGACACCCAGCGUCGAGCUCUCCUCCUCCGGGCCCAAGCUGGGGCCAUGCGAAGACAGCAGCAUAGGCUCCGAGAUCCCAUGCAGCGGCUGCAGAAUCAACUGAGGCGCCUGCAGGACAUGGAGAGGGACCCCAGCCCCAGCUGCACUUCUCCCUCCAGGAAAGCCAAAGUAGAUGUGACCUUUGGAUCCCUCACAUCGGCAGCUCUGGGCCUGGAGCCUGUGGUCCUGCGUGAUGUUCGAACAGCCUGCACCCUCCGGGCCCAGUUCCUGCAGAACCUCCUGCUUCCCCAGGCCAAGAGAGGCAGCCUCCUAACCCCUCAUGAAGACCACUUUGGCACUUCCUACCAGCAGUGGCUGAGCUCUGCGGAGACGCUGCUGACAAACCACCCCCCGGGCCACAUCCUGGCUGCCCUGGAGCACCUGGCUGCAGAGCGGGAGGCAGAGAUUCGGUCCCUGUGCAGUGGGGAUGGGCUUGGCGAUACAGAGAUAUCCAGACCCCAGGCCCCGGACCAGUCAGACUCCAGCCAGACCCUGCCGUCCAUGGUUCAUCUCAUCCAGGAGGGCUGGCGGACUGUGGGUGUGCUGGUCUCCCAGCGGAGUGCCCUCCUGAAGGAGCGGCAAGUCCUGACCCAGCGCCUCCAGGGCCUGAUGGAAGAGAUGGAGAGACGCGUCCUGGGAUCCAGUGAGAGGCAGGUGCUGAUACUGGGGCUUCGGGGCUGUGGCCUGUGGGCGGAGCUCAAGGUCCUGCGUGCUCAGAGCCAGGAGCUGGAGGAUGCAGCCGGGCAUCGGCAGCUCCUGCUGAGGGAGCUACAGGCCAAACAGCAGCGGAUCCUGCACUGGCGCCAGCUGGUGGAGGAGACCCAGGAACAGAUCCGCCUGCUUAUCAAGGGAAACUCAGCCAGCAAGACCCGCCUGUGCCGGAGCCCAGGGGAGGUGGUAGCUCUGGUCCAGCGAAAGGUGGUCCCUACAUCUGAGGCAGUGGCACCGCAGAGCCGGGAGCUGCUGCGCUGUCUGGAGGAGGAAGUCCGGCAUUUGCCUCACAUUCUGUUGGGCCCGCUGCUGCGGCACAGCCCUGGAGAGUUGAAGCCCCUGCCCACAGUCCUCCCAUCCAUCCACCAGCUGCACCCCGCAUCCCCAAGGGGCUCCAGCUUCAUAGCACUGAGCCACAAGCUGGGGCUGCCCCCAGGGAAGGCCUCGGAGCUGCUCCUGCCGGCAGCUGCCUCUCUUCGCCAGGACCUUCUGUUCCUGCAGGACCAGCAGAACCUCUGGUGCUGGGAUCUGCUCCACAUGAAGACUAGCCUGCCGCCGGGCCCUCCCACCCAGGAGCUGCUGCAGAUCCAGGCAUCCCAGGAAAAACAGCAGAAAGAGAACCUGGGGCAGGCUCUGAAGAGGCUGGAGAAGCUGCUGAAACAGGCGCUGGAGCGAAUCCCUGAGCUGCAGGGGAUCGUGGGGGACUGGUGGGAGCAGCCAGGCCAGGCCGCCCUCUCUGAGGAGCUCUGCCAGGGCCUGUCCCUGCCCCAGUGGCGGCUGCGCUGGGUUCAGGCCCAGGGGGCCCUGCAGAAGCUGUGCAGCUGAAGAGAGUGUUCAAACAGAAGCCGAGAACUUGACACUGUUCACCCCAACACCUCACCUCCCCCAGGACAUUUGGAAGAAAGCAGCGCCAGGAUUCCUCGGCCGUCGUCCCCACCCGCACCUGCAGUCCCCUCACGUGCUGUUCUGUUGCCCCGCUCAGCUCCCUGGCCCCUGUCCUUUCAUC